AUCAAAAGCAAUAUUGAAUUUUACUGAGAGCAGUAGCCUCAUGUAAUGCCGAGAAGCAAUGACGAGUCAACGUUCUGUAAUUUGUAUAUACCUACUUUUAGUUUACUUAUUAUCUUAUAACGAAGCAAAAUCAUAUCGUGCUGUAGUUAUUAUCCAUGGAGUGCUUACUGGAAGCAGUAGUAUGGAACUCAUCACGAAUAGAAUCCAGGAGAUGCACCCUGGAACCCUAGUCUACAAUACUGUUAGAUUUGCAGGAUGGAGUAGUCUGGAACCAAUGUGGCAACAAGUAGAGGAAAUAGGCACAGAUGUGAUUUCCAUAGGUGCUGCAUUUCCAGAAGGAAUUAACUUGAUAGGUUACAGCCAGGGCGGUCUGUUAGCUAGAGCAAUAUUACAAAGGUUUCCCAUGCAUAAUGUGAGAAAUUUUAUCUCUCUGAGCUCACCACAAGCAGGUCAAUAUGGGACACGCUUUCUGCAUUUAUUUUUCCCCAAUUUAGUUUGCGAAACUGCUUAUGAACUUUUUUAUUCAUAUCUCGGACAACACAUUAGCGUUGGAAAUUAUUGGAAUGAUCCUCAUCACCAAAAAUUGUAUUAUAAGUACAGCAAGUUUCUACCAUAUGUGAACAAUGAAAAUAUAGAUUUCAACAAUUCUGACUACAAAACAGGUUUAACUAAGCUCAAACGAAUGGUGCUUAUUGGAGGACCAGAUGAUGGAGUUAUCACACCAUGGGAAAGUAGCCAUUUUGGAUAUUACGAUGAUAAUGAGACAGUAGUAGAAAUGUAUAACAGACCUAUUUAUAAAGAUGAUACUAUUGGUUUAAAAACAUUAGAUAAACAAGGAAGAUUGAAAAUUAUCACUGUACCAGGGAUACCUCAUUAUGAGUGGCACAAUAAUACCUCUAUAGUAGAUCAAUUUAUACUACCAUUCUUAGAUUAAACUUAAUAUGAUAUAAAUAAAUAAAAUUAAUAUUUGUCAAAUAUUAA